GUGCAAGCAAGAGCCAAUCAUCAGCUGUCACAAAUGUCAAACUCAAAUGGAUAGUUGAGUGAUUGGGGCCCUAACUUUUUUAAUUUAUAAAACACUAGUGUUAUAAUCAUUGAUCAUGUAAAUAUUUUCACUUUAUAUUGUGAAUUGUAAGUGCUGUUGCCUAAAACCCGGUUCGCAAUGGGUGACAGCAGUGAUUCUGAAGAGUUUUAUGAUGCUGAAGAGUUCACACCCAUUAAAGGUUCUAAAAGAUCCUCACUAUGCAAGAACAUAAACAUAUCAGAGAGUGGGGAAGCCGCCGAGAAGGAGAAGAGUCUCUCGGUGAAAGACUCUGCAACUUCUUCAGGCAGCACAAGUGCUCCCACUGCAGAAGGUUCCAUGGAAGAUGACAGGACUACAGUGAAAAGUGUGGUGCAAGGCCGUCUAAGGUUCCAGGAGCUUCGACGCUGCAUGCAGACAGAGGAAGAAGAUGAGGGGGUGACGGAUGCCACUGGAUCCAUAGACCAGCAGGCAUUCUCACUAGAACGGCCUUUUAAAAUAAUAGCACACGACACAAUGAGUUUGCAGAGCAUGACGUCACUCGGAAGAAUCGGCAGAAUACUGAGCGGGGCCUCGGAGUCUCACCCGAACAUCCGUGAUACCGCGCCGGUACCAUCGGUUUCGUCGAGGGAGCCCUCCACUAUAUCUGAUGAACAACUUGUUGAAACAAGAACACAAAAUGUGCUAGCGAUGGCGGAGCCCGACGUGAUCGCGAGCACGAAGGCCAACAGCCUGAAGCACAGCCGCGGCGCCGCCGCCGUCGUGGCCGUCAGCGGCGAGGCGCGCGCCGCGCCGCCCGCGCCGCCCGCGCCCGUCGCGCCGCCGCGCAGGAGGAAGAGGAACAAGCUGCACGGGUCCCAGUCGCUGUCCACGACAGACGGCGACAACCUGAGCAUCUGCACGACGGACACGGACGAGUACCGCUACAUCGGCCGCCGGGAGAUGCGCGGCGAGAAGCCGCAGCUGGAGUCGCUGGUAGUAGAGCCGCCGCCGCCGUGUUCGCUGAGCCAGUCCAUGGCGCUGCCGAGCCCCGCCAGCACCAUCGAGUCGCUCACCAGGGAGUUCCAGGACUCGCUCGAGCUCUCGCAUUCUAAAUAUGCCAGCGACCGCUCGUCGCUGAGCACGCACGAGUCCCGCGCGAGCUCGCGCGGUGGCGAGGCCUCGCGCAGCGGCGCGGCCGCGCGUCUGCGGGGGCCGCCCGCCGCGGACGACCAACACAAAGCAGAGGAGGCCGGCCGCAGCGAGGACGAGCGCGGCGUCCGCACUCACAGCGAGGGCCGCGCCACGCUACACGCCGCGCGGCCCGCCCGCCCGCAUGGCGCCAGACGCAGCAACUCGGACUCGAUGAGCGCGUCCCGACGGCGCAGCGCGGGCGACGAGCAGCAGCUGGGGCUGGCGCUGCGCACGCGCACCACGUCCGGCCACCAGCUCACCGACAUCGAGAUCCUCGAGCAGGUCACCGUGCUCAACCUCGAUACAGGUCCACCCCCUUACUGCUCCUACUGUGAGAGAGUACCUCUCAGUGUUGCCGAACACAAGCUGCCACAGUGCAUCAACCCUCUCAGCUUGCACAUAAUGCGACUGACUUCCGAAUAUAUUGGAAGGGCCAAUGAUGAUGAAAUUACCAGGGAAACUGAUGAAGAAAGUGAGAGUGUUUGCGCGGGCGGAGCCGAGGACGAAACUAAAGAGAUGAAGCGCGAGUCCACUGACAGACAGACCACCGGCAUCAAGAGGAAGACGGAGAAGGCGCCCACAAACCUAGUGAAAUGCCAUUCACAGGACAACAUAAACAAGAAGUUAACACACGAUAUGAAUUUCAGAUUGAAACGUUUCUUCGGUAGCACGGUAAAGAAGACAGUUGAUGCGGCCAAGUCUUUAGCGCAGGAAGUGUCGCACGCACGACACAAAGAGGAUGUGGCUGACAUAGCUGAUGACGUCAGAGGAGAACAUAAUAUCAAACUAAAAGCUUCGAACUCUCAUAAGGGGCCGUACGACUUCGAUGGCUGCGUUAGACACGUUCAGGAGAUGGGCUCUGGCCACUGCGGCGCGGUGUGGUGUUGCAAGUUCAGCGUGUGCGGGCGGCUGCUGGCCACCGCCGGGCAGGACAAGCUGCUGCGGGUCUGGGUCACUAGGGACGCCUACCACAUGUUCCAGGACAUGCGAACGAAAUACAACGCGGAGACGAAGUCGUCCCCCACCCCGUCGCAGGAGUCCCUGGCGUCGCUGUCGGGCCCGCCGCCCAGCCCCGAGGACGCGCCCCCGCUGGGCCCCUCCGCGCCCUUCUGCCCCAAGCCCUUCUGCGUCUACUCCGGACACACCUCCGACCUGCUGGACGUGUCCUGGUCCAAGAACUACUUCAUAUUGUCCAGCUCCAUGGAUAAAACUGUCAGGCUCUGGCAUAUAUCGCGAGGAGAAUGCCUCUGUUGCUUCCAGCAUAUUGAUUUCGUGACGGCCAUCGUUUUCCACCCGAGGGACGAUCGGUAUUUCUUGUCUGGUAGUCUUGAUGGCAAACUAAGGCUCUGGAAUAUUCCUGAUAAGAAGGUUGCCGUCUGGAACGAAGUCGACGGCAAAACUAAGUUGAUAACAGCUGCGAACUUCUGUCAAAACGGUAAAUUCGCUGUAGUGGGCACAUACGAUGGUCGCUGUAUAUUCUAUACGACAGAUCAACUCAAAUACCACACGCAGAUCGACGUGCGAUCCACACGAGGAAAGAACUCCACCGGUAGGAAGAUUAGCGGCAUCGAGCCCAUGCCGAACGACGACAAAAUACUCGUGACGUCAAACGAUAGCAGAAUAAGGCUAUACGACCUUCGAGAUCUAAACCUCUCCUGCAAAUACAAAGGCUACGUUAACGUCUCUAGCCAAAUAAAAGCCUCAUUUUCCCACGAUGGCAAAUACAUAGUCAGCGGUUCAGAAAACCAGUGCAUCUACAUAUGGAAGACGUAUCACGACUAUUCGAAGUUCACGUCGGUAAGAAGAGACAGAAAUGACUUCUGGGAAGGUAUUAAGGCUCAUAAUGCUUUGGUCACGUGUGCUGUGUUCGCGCCGAACCCUGAUCAUAUGAUCAGGAUGAUUAAUGAAAGGGAAGAGGAGGCGAAACUAGCGAACAAGGAUGCGGAGGAGAAGGAUGAAGUGAAGGGUGCGGAGGGCGGUAUGGUCGCGUCCUCGCAGACGGGUCACGUGCUAGUCAGCGCCGACUUCAACGGCUGCAUCAAAGUGUUCGUCCACAAAGCCAAGCCCAAACACAGCUCGCUGCCUGCUUCAGCCCUCGCCUGAACCAAACUGUAUGUGAUACAAGUAAGUUCCGCUGUUCCGUAAUAGAUGGCGCUAAAACCAGAAUAUUAUACUAGAUGUCGGUAAAAACGUUCAACGUGUUUGUAUAGCCUUUUGAAAUUUUGUAAAUGCUGAGAAAUGCAAUAUCUAAUAUUGAUUAGACGACAAUUAUAUCUACUUUAUGUUAGCAAACGAAAUCAUGAAAAAAUUAAUCCUUAGAGUUUUAUUGAGGUUUAAAAACCGCCUUUAUAUUCAGUUUUUGGAAUGGUCGUAAUCUCAGCACCUUAUUGGCAAACCUCGAUUAUGUUUAAUCAUCAAUUUGGCAAUAAUCAAAACAAAAUGGGAAAUGCAUAGAUUUAUUCAUUGAGAGAUAUAAAAAUAUGCCAUCAAAGAUGUAUUUAAUAGUUUUCCUAACUAUUUAAUGUCAUAGAACAAAUUGAUAAUAGAAAUAAAUGAUUUAAGUAGAAAAGAGAUAGAACAUGGCAUUGCGCAUAGUUCUAUCUCGCUCCUACGAUGCAAAAAUCCUGCAAUAGGAGCCCUUAAAGAACACUACAUAUACAUAUGCGAAUAACCGCACCUACCAUCUUUGUAACCGUUGAUUCGUAUUUGGGUAAAACCUGAACUAUAAUGCCAAAAUGUAAACAGAGAUUUUAAAUAGAAUAUGACUUUAUUAAACUGUCCUACAGUGUGUAUACUAGCCAUAAUAAUAUCAUUGUGGCAAUACUCAAAGAAAGACAAUCUUCUUUAAACGAUGACGGAAUGAUGAUAGAAUACAACAAUAUCAAGGUUAAUGUUUAGUGUUGCUAUAUCAAUUAAUCAUUUUGAAUUUAGUUAGAUGUUCACGUAAACAUGUUUAGAGCCUGUAUUUGUAUAUGUUAGGUAUUUUUUGUAGUCGUUAUUACC